AUGGUUAAUGAAACCUACUAUGAAGCGUUCACGGUUGCAGAGAGCAUCAGCUUCAUCACCUACUUCACAUUGGUAGUGAUACUUGGAGGUAUCGGCAACCUCUUUGUUAUCUACGCUAGCAGAUGCUAUUCCUCCUUCGACUUGGACAGAGUUACAAUACUGUUUGUUCAGCAUCUAGCCAUCGCUGAUUGCUCAAAGAUCCUCUUCAUGACGAUACCAAUGCUAACAAAUCAUCUCUACUACAUGACCCACCCGGAUAAUUCCCAAUGGUACCUUCCUUACUCAGUUGCUAAAUUAUCAUAUUUCCUGCUAGCAUUUGCUAAUAACUCAGUCGGUUUCUUCAUUAUGGCGGUAUCCUUGCACCGUUUGGCUCGCUGCUUAUCCCCUACCCGACUUCAACAAUCUGGAAUUAAAAAUGCGAGGUUGAUAAUGGGACUGCUUUGGUUCUUAGGACUUCUUUUCGCAUCUGCUGUAUUGUUCCUACCAACCUCAUACCAAAUGUAUUACACACUCUGUACAUUAGACAUAACAGUACAACUAUCCUCAUUUCUCAACGUUUUUGCUGAGUACACGAACUAUCCCCUGAUGGCACUUAUAUUCCUCGUUGUUAUUCUGGCGAACGCGACAUCAUUAAUAUACACCUUCAUCCUAACUAAGGACAGCCCUAAUGUUAAUUUUAGACAAGCAAACCUGACGAUCCUAGCCAUAUCUCUUGGAAUGAUUGUGUGUUACUGCUGGCUUCCGUACCAGAUGAUCUUUAUCUACUACUUCUCUAAAGUUGGUGACUACUCCCCGAGUAACAUCCAGAAGUAUGCAGUGCCGUUAACCACAGCUAGUUCCUUGGUAAAUCCUAUAUUGUACACGGUCGUUAACAGAGGGUUCAAGAAGUUCGUGAUAAAAGUGAUACGGCGGGGGUUAGGAAGGGUUACUCGACAAGAUUCAACAACCAGAGCAUCUUUUGUAAGUAGUGCAGUUGGUUCUGGUACUAAGGAGAGGCAGAUAUAAAAUGUGAACGUUGGAUCGAAGAACAUAGCAUGGACUAUUUAUUUAUUAUUCAAUCAUGAAACAUAAUUUU